AUGCUAAUCAAUAAAAUAUCAUUAGAAACAAAUCAACCGACUAGAUCAAGUCGUAUGAAAUAUACAUUUCUUAUGUUAUGUUUAAUAUUAUGUGGUGUUUCAUUUGUACUCUAUUCGAAUACAACAUUAGAUUGGAAAAUAUUACAUAGUUUAAUAAGAAAUAGUCUUAUUAUAAUGUCAUAUUCAUCAGAAAAUGUUACAUUUAAUUAUACAGAUAAUAUAUUUGAAAAAUUUCUAAAUAAAAAUAAUAUAACAUCAAUAGAAAAUCGACGAUUUGCAAUAUUUGCUUGUUCAAUUCAUUCAACAACUCAUGCAUAUUCAUUUUAUACACCAAUAACAGCUGCUAGUUGGAAACGUGCUGGUUAUGAAACAAUUGUUGUUUUUGUUGGCGAUUUUACUAUGCCAAAUAUUCUUACAUCUCGUCUUAAUUUAUCAAGAACUUAUUUAAAACAUAUCGGUGCAUAUUUAAUUGAUAUUCAAUGUAAUUCAUCAUAUGCUGUUAAAUUAUCUCAAUUAGUACGUGUUUUUUCUGGAUUUUUACCAGAUUCAAUUGUUCAUGAUAAUGAUGAUAUAUUAACAAGUGAUAGUGAUUUAAUGCCAUUAAAAACAAGUGAAUAUCGACCAACGAACGGAACAGAUGGUUUUAUAUUUAAUGCUUUUUGUUGUGGUUCAUUUCAUCGUCGUGGAAGAUCCUAUCGAAUGUUUCCGAUGGGUCAUAUAUAUUUAAAAAAGAAAGUUUGGCGUGCCAUAGUCAUAGAAUCUAAACAAAGAUCUGAACUUCUCGUUAAUGCAACUGAUCAAAUACGACAUUUACUAAGUGAAAAUGCAUUGCUUUCAUUUGAUAUGAUAAGUCUUUAUGUAAGACAUGAAUUUAAAAAGAUAUACGAGUCACGAAUGACAAAAGGCGAUUCAGCAUGGUAUAUGGAUCAAGUAUUAUGUUCAAUGUUAUUAACUGAUUAUCGUGAACGACAUAAAGAUUUCAAAAUACAUGAACGUGGUCGUGGUUCUCGUCUCGAUCGUGCUAGUGGUAUUGGAUAUUGGAAUCGUGAUAAAUUUAAUCAAUUCGGUGAUGCUCAUUUAAUUCAUGAUGACAUUUUACAACAACGUAAUUGGAAAAUUUUUAAUAAAUUACUUACAGCUUUAUUUAAUCAGACUCUUGUUAAUAUGUUCAAUGAUUAUCAUCAACAAUAUAUGAUCGCGCCAUAA